CGAUCGCCAAUGGUUGCGUGAAUCGCACAUUGCUUUUUUCCUUUUGACGCACAUCAAUAAACAAUUUUAAUCAUGGGGGUGAUUGACAUGCGCAAAUGUGUUUCAAAACCUCUGUUUAGGCCCGUUUAGGCUGUAAACAAGAUGGCGAGUUGUGUUAUAGGAUUUGCUAGUUAGUUUUAUAAAAAAUACUACAUGAUGACUUUAAAAACUAUAAAUAAGUAAAAUAUGUCUGAUUCACCUCCUCCCCUGGUUGAUAAACGAUUGGCUGAUUAUUUUGUUAUAUGUGGACUUGAUUUGUGUUCUGGCCUGGAGCCAGAUCAGUUAGCAGGUGAAAGUUUGCACUGUACUCCAUUGGAUAGACCUUAUCGGUCAAAAGUUUUAUCACAUUAUCCUGAAAAUGUGCCAUGGAAUCCUUUUGACAAAAGUGCAGUGGGCAUGCUGUGCUUGCCAAAAGGGCUUACAUUUCGCUCGCAAAAACACAAACGUGCUCCAUAUUUCCAUUCUUUCAUUAUAACUAAGGAAGAUGGCUCCCGAACAUAUGGUCAAUGCUUUACUUUCUAUGAAGAGGUCAAUGAUAGGAAAAUAUGUGAUGCCAUGCAUACUCUUCAGGCUAUGCACUUAACUGAAUUAAGCAGUAGUAAAGUACCAGGUGUCCAUGGCAUUGCUGAUGUUGGCAGUACUCGCUCACUUCCUCGCUCUUUUAAGCUUAAUAAUCGUCAAUCAUCACAUAACCAUUCCGGUGCAUUGUUUGAUUUGUCAAGGGAUAUUUUGUUUGUUACAAAAUGUAUUUGUUUAAUAACGCAACUUCCUGUGGUUGUGACUUGCCGAAAGUUUCUUGAAGGUCUUCAUAACCAGGUGAUGACCAGGGAUCUACCUGCCAUGAGUUUGGAAUCUUAUGUGUACAACAUUUUAUUUGAGGUGCCUCUUCCUCCUCCUAAUCGAAGUUUAAAAUUUACUUGUUUUGGUCAGCAAGUUUUGUGCCAAAGACCAGGUCCAUGUGAACUUCCGUUUUUUGAGUACUCUUAUCAAACUCUUUUUUCCACAUUGGGAGUUGAUAACGUCAUAUUAUUAUAUACCAGUGUUCUUUUAGAAAAUCAAGUUCUCCUUUUUUCUGCAGAUUAUGAUAAGUUGAUGAUUGUUGCUGAAUGUAUUGUGAUGUUAUUAUUUCCUUUCACUUGGCAACAUGUAUACGUCCCAAUAUUGCCUGCAUCUUUACAUCACUUCCUUGAUGCACCUGUCCCAUACAUUAUGGGACUGUGUUGCGGCAUGGAAGAACGAGCUCAAUUAUCCAUCCCAUGCGAAGCCAACCUAUGUUGUGUUGACAUUGAUAAUCAGGUGGUCGAAAUUCCAGAAGACAUUCCAAGAUUUCCAUCCAGAAAUGAAUUAGUAUUAGAAUUAGUUGAUACAAUGAAAAUGUUUGGUGUAUCCUCCUCUGGGAAGGGUCUAGAUCGCAAUUCAAAUGAGAGAUCUUCAAGAAAUCAUCUUCGAAAACUCUCCUGGACUUUUGAUAGUGGGGAUUCGGGUGUAAGCAGUUCUGACAGCAGUGCCAGAAGCUCCUAUAGUAGUCUUGCCAGUACACAUAGUCAUGUUUUGCAACAAAGUGAAGCCUUACAAAAAGUUGCAGCUCUUGCCAAAAAGACAGGUGUUAUAAACACCCUUAGUGAUCUUGAGAAGCCAAAGAAGACAGAUAACGAGAGCAGAAGUCGAAGUCGUGGUAAAGAAGAAAUCCGAGGAUACAUCGACAUGUUAAAGCUGAAUAAUGCUGUGAGGGAAAUUUUCUUAAGCCGAUUCAUUCAUAUGUUCAGGUCUUACGAAAGUUUCGUCAUUCAGCCGAAUCAGCAUGACAUGGAACAGUGGUUGAGUACGAGAGAAACGAUGCAAAAUUUUGAUAAAACUUCUUUUUUAUCGGAUCAGCCUGAACCUUAUCUGCCCUUCCUGUCUAGAUUCAUUGAAACUCAAAUGUUUGCCACCUUCAUAGACAACAAAAUUGUGUCAUUAUGGGAAGACCCUGAUCCUUAUUUAAAGCUAUUUGAUGCUAGAAUGCGUCUACUGCAGGGUGAACAUUGUGGAGAUGGGGUGAGAGUAACAACAUAUGAAAGAUGUACAACUUAUCAAGAAACAGAGAGCCAGAUUGAAAGGAGGAUUAGUAAGGUAGACAUUGUUGCCCCUUUACCAAAACCUAUUGAAGGAACAACUGAUGUCUCUAUUAAAAAAAGAUACAUUCCUAGUCAUUUUCCUUUGCUGAACAGUGAACUUCUGAAUGAAGAACCUGCUGCCCAUAGAUCGAGGAGAAGAAUAAGUAGCGCACAGUGGAAACGUCAAGGUCGUAGACAUCAGCAAUCAGAACAUUUGCAAAUAAAUGCUCGCCAAAGAGAAUUUGAACUUGCUGAAAAACAUGCUGGGCUUUGGAAAAAAUAUAUCCAAGAGGCCAGGACUAAAACUAUUAGGAAUCAAAAACAUUAUGAUGUUUCUCCAGCAUCUAUAUCACAGACGUACUGGAAAUUUGUUGUUGCUCUUCUGAAGGAGGCUAAAAUGAGGACAAAGCGAAUGCUUGUAGAGAAAAUGGGUCAAGAAGCUGUUGACUUGGGUCACAAUGAAAUCAGCAUUACUGGAGUUGAAGAAAACACUUUGAUUGCUAGUUUAUGUGAUCUAUUGGAAAGAGUCUGGGCCCAUGGUUUACAAGCUAAGCAAGGUAAAUCUGCCUUAUGGUCCCAUCUGGUCAGUUACCUGGAAGUUGAAGAAUGUAAAUCAUCUGGUAAACCUAUUGAUCCUAAUUUUUUAACUCCUGCUCGUACUGAGCCUUUUUGGAACAUUGGCUUACUUCUAGUCAAAACUGGUGCUCUGAGCACUCUUGUUAGUCACCUAACAAAUAUUGAUAUUUCAAAUCUAAGUCUAGAGGAGGACCCUGUAUCUCCUUACAGAGAAAAUAAUAAAGAAAGAAAGAAACCUAAAACUCCUGAUAUGCCCUCAUUAAAGUCACUUCCUAUAUCUCUUGUAUAUGACACAAAAAACAUCCAAGCCAUGUCCGAAAUUAAAACAGACAUAGGAUAUGCAAGAGCUUGGGUUAGGCUCGCUCUUGAAAAGAAAUUACUGCAUAAGCAUUUGCAGAAAUUGCUUUCAAACCAAGACUUAUUAAGGAGUUCCUAUAAAAGGUAUGCUUUCCUUCGAUCUGAUGAUGAAAAAGAACAAUUCUUGUACCAUUUACUAACAUUAAAUGCUGUAGACUAUUUGUGCUUCACAAAUACUUUUACUUCAACAAGUAUACCAUAUAGAGUUGUUGUUUUUCCUAGUCGCAAAUUAAGUGCGUCCACAACAUCUGCUAAUGCCUGGAUUAUUAUGGCUGGAAAUUUAGGAGAGACCAAGCUUAUACCUCUACCACGGCAAACAUUAGAAAUAGUUUUUCAACAUAAAAAUUUAGGAAUUUUGACAACUUUAAGAAUUGGCCAUGACAAUACUGGUAUUUCACCUAAAUGGAUGGUUGAACAUGUGCUAGUCCGAAACGAGAUUUCUGGCCACACUUAUAAGUUUCCAUGUGGUAGAUGGCUAGGGAAAGGUGUUGAUGACGGAAGUACAGAACGUUUACUUGUCGGCGAAAUGGUCCCCAGGGAUUAUGAUGCUGAUGAACUAAUGGAGGCUUGUAGAACCCCGCCAAGGUGUCGAUCUCCGAGUGUUCCUAGAAGACCAAGCGAACCAAAGCUCACCAUUUCAGAAAUACAGCAACUAUUGGGAGAUGCAGUAAAUAACAUUGUUAAAUACUACUAUAAAUCUGAAAAAGAGAGAGGAAGCCUAACCAUAUUAUUGUGUGGUGAACUUGGUCUUGUAUACUGCCUUGAACAAGUUUUCAACUAUGGAUUUAAAGCAAAGCGCUUUUUUAGGCACAUGUAUCUGUGGGACUUCUUUGUCAAAGUUGGAGGCUAUUUUGAAGAUAUUUUGCAGGAAGAUGAAAGCAAUUCCACUCCAAGACAAACGUUAGAACAUGUGAUGGUUAUGCGCUCAUACUGCAACUUGGUUGAAAAAAUUGACAAUGCAUCAUCUUCAGUUGGAAAAGAUGGAAAAUUCCAAUUGUUCAUAUGCUUUGCUGCCAGGGACCAUCUUUUACAUCGCAUGCUUCUUCACAUAGCAUCAACACCUGUCACUGCCAGCAUGUAUGAAGAACAGUCAUUUCUUCGUGAUCCAAAUCUUGUCACCUUUUUAGUACAAAUCUUGGAAUCCCUGUCCGAAUUUACCAUCACAUUAGAAGCUUCGCUCACCAAAGGAAUCGAGAGCUGAGUUUUGCCCACAGACUUUGAUAACCCAGAAUUUUUCUGAAUACAUUUGCUCAUACUGUAAAUCAUGGCUCAUACUCCAGGUUAAUUACAUAUAUAUAGUAGAAGAAUGUUUAUGUGUGGCGAGUGCAAAAGUAAUUUAAUAUCCAGACAGUGCUGCAUUUAAGUUUUUUUUUUUACCUGUUAAGAUAAGUUGAGGUUUUAAUAGAGUGUUUAUUUCAUCAGUCAUUUUUUCCCCUUCUAAUUUUUACCUAAUAAAGAUGUCUUGGUUAAUGCCAGGGGGUGUAUUAGAAGGAGCGAAUACGGAGGAAUAAUCGGGCGAAGCAGCGUACUCCAGUAAUUUUUUUCAUAAAAUUUCUUUUUAUUUGCAAUUUUGCGGUUUUUAUUUAUUGUAAAAUGUGUUUAUUUCUUCAACUUUUUAUGUACUGUAACUUUUUUUCCAUUUAACAAACGUCCUUCAUAUUGUUGAAGUAUACUGAGAAUCAAUAAUUACAUAUGUAUGGUGUUUGUAUUUAGUAAUAGUUCUUUUGUUUAUUUAGCGUUAAAAUAAAUAAUAAAUUUUAAUAAGAUGUGUAAAAACCAUUUGCAAUUACAAACAAAGGUUUCCAUCACCCUGCAUAUUAUUUUCAGGAAAUUUUUUUUUUACUGUUUGAAUAGUUUUAAAAAGAAUGGUUUUUAAGUUUUCUGUGAAAUUUCGAAAUUAGUUCAUGUUUAUAUUUUAUGGUAUAAAUGUUUUUUUUAUACGGGUAUAUUGUUAGAACUGAGAUUUUUCCGUUAUAUCAUUCUUUUUUUGUUUUUGUAAUUAAAUUAACAAUGUUUUACACUUUGAAUACCAUAUUGCUUCAUUCAAAUCAAAAAUUAAUUUGCAUGGGUAUCAUUUAUCCAUGUUUGUGUUAAACUUGAUAGUUAAUUUUGCUUACAUGUAUUCCCUGAAAUAGUUAGCAAAAUUCACAGCUGCUGCUUGUACUAGGUAAUCAUAAAAUGAUUUAGGCAACAUAAAACCCUCUUGUGAGUAUACUGAGAAUAUAAUAUUCUGGUAAGCAUGCCAAGAUUAUAACAAUUUAAUCAGCUUGGCCCUUUUUGUUUUCUUUUUCUUUUAGCCUGGAAGUUAGAGUUAAAAAUUUUAUUUUUUAAAUUAGGUGUUGUUUUUAAUACGCAAAUAAGAACUAAGAUCAAUUUAUUCUUCUUUUUUUCUCCAUUUUUUAAAUUUUUUUUCCAACUUAAUUUGUUUGUAUAAAUUAAUGUUGAUGCAGACAUUGCUAUUUGAUGUAAAAUUUGGUAUUUAAAAAUUCAAAGCAUAAACAGGGCAUUCUGUUUGUUUUUUCCCCCACUCAUAUUACAACAAUUCACUUAUUUAUCAGGUUAAUAUGCAUGUUUAACAUUUAUGUUUUUCAUCUUCUAAAACACAUGAAUUUUUCUUUUUUACAAUUCAACUACAUUGUCACAACUAUUUUGUUUAUUUUAAAAUUUUAAUAGUUAAUAUAUUAAGCUUUAUAUUUAAAGUUGGGCAUACAAUUAAAAAAUACUUUAUGUGCUACUGUAGAUUCUGUUCAAAAGAAUUUAUUACCAUACCCAAAAAUAGCUUCUUCUAGAAAUAAAUCUUCUUAAAACUGUGUUGUAAAGUGGCUCAUUGUAUACCCAAUUGAAUAUUAUAUAUAUUCAAUUGAGUAUUCGUAUAUUCAAUUAAUAUUUAUAAAUUAAAUAUUUCCAAUUGCAUACUCAUAUAUUGAAUUACAUAUGUAUUCAAUAUGUUCAAUUCUUUUACCUUUCUUUUUUUUUCCCAAUAUUAAAUGCAGCAAUCUUGUCAAAAAUUUGUCGUUACUGUGUUUUAUUAAAGAAAUUAUUCAGAAAAAAAUUUAUCUAAUUCAGAAUGCAUGGAUUAUGAGCAGAAACUUAAUUGUUGAAGAGUGCUUUAUUCAUAUGUAUAUAUUUGUACAUACUUGUUAAGUUUUUGAUUUUGGUUUAGUUUUAUCUAAGGAGAUCUGUUUGAGUUCAACCUUUGAAUUUUUAACAAUAAAUCUUUGAAUUUUAUUUAUUUAUAAGGAAGGAAGAUCUGGUUUAUCUAAUAAUUUAAAUUUGUUUUUAUAUUUUGCUGCAUUUUAUUCAUUUACCUGUUGAUAAGAGUAUAUUUUAAAUUACUCUACUGGGGUGAUUGUAUUCCUAGUUUUUGUAUCAUUCUUGUGGAUCUAAAAACUAAAGGCAUGAGAUUUUUCUGCAAAAAUCACAUUGAUUCUCGAGAUCAUUGGUUUACGGACUUCCGCGAUUCAAAGACUUAAAAUCCGAUAAAAUUUUGAAAUUUAUGCUAAAUCCUGUUAACAAGACGUUUAUAUAAAUGUGAUUCUUUCGGCAAUUUAAUUUUUUUGGUUUGACAAAUUUUCGCCAUUUUGAAUAUUUGGAACUAUUCCGGAACCCUAAUAUUAUGAUUUGUACUCACUUGAUUUUAAUAUCAAAUAGAAAUUUUCAUAUUUACCUGAUUAAACAGUUCUAUGUUGCGAUUCGUAUAAGCUCAAUUUAAAAAUCAUUCACCGCGAUUCAUAUUCUCUCGAUUUAAAAAUCCCAUAGAAUGAUUUGUAUUUGCACGUUUUUAAAACAUUCAUUAUCGUGACUUAAUGUUCACGCGAGUUUAAAAUCAAAUGUUGUGAUUUGUAUUCACGCAUUUUUAAAGUAUAAUGUUGCCGUUUGUAUUCACGCUUUUUUAAAAUCGAAUAUUGCGCUUCAUGUUCACGCGGUUGUAAUAUUAAACAUUGAUUUUCAUAUUUAUAUGUGAUUUGAAAAUCCAAUAUCGCAAUUUGUAUAUCCGUGUUUUUCAGUCUAAUAUCUCGAUUCAUAUUCACACGAUUUUAAAUUCUGAUAUCGCGAUUCUUGUAAGAAGUCAAUUUUUUUAGAUAAUUAUAAAUAUUAGCUCAAAAAGUUAUGUUAAAUAUGAAACUUGUAUGGUAUAUAAAUUAUCUUGAUAUCGUUUUUUUUUGCAUGUAAAAUUUUCAGUUUUUCACUUUGUGUCGCAAUCACCCUUGACUCGAGACAUUCAAAUUUCCUUUGGGCUUGAUUGAUAUUUUGCUGAUUGAUAUUUGCUGAUUAAUAGUUGUCUUGCUUAACUUGUUCAUUGUUAAAAAAUGAUAAUGCUUUUAAAAUAUUUUGAAUAUCUUAUAGGAUUAAUGCAUAGAAUCUUCGUAAUUUGACUUUUCAUAAUUUUUUUUUAAAAAUGGCAAAUUAAGUAACAAUUUGCAUUACAGGAGAAAAUUAAAAUCCAACUAAACAAUUGAAGAUUUAAGUUAGUUUAAUAACUUGUAAUGUUAUCAUAUGAAUAUAGAAGUAAAGCAAUUUAAAUUCAGUUUUUCGUUCAUAUUAUUGAAAACAUUCUGACACAAAAACCAUUAGUUUAUUUCAUAGAAACUAUAUACUCUUUAUAUAGUUUUAUAAGGAUAUUUUCCAGGAAGGUUAUCAAAACAAAAAUGAGUAACACAACAAUCUCAAAGCAUUUGUUUUAAACUUAAGGUAUAAACUAUAAAUAAUGUGAUUAGUUCAAAACAGCGUAUUUAAGUUGACUUAUAUUUACUUCUGAAUAAAGAGAUAAAUUUAAGAAAUGUCUUUAAUUUUUACUUUUGGCUGUUCUUCCUGAUUGUUAUUAGUCUGCAUUCAUAUCUUCUGUUUUGUGACAAUCCCAUUUAGGGUUUAGGGAAAGCAAUAAAAUACAGCAAUUAAAUUACUGAUCUGCCUUGGUAAUAAGUGUUUUUAUUUCCUGAUUAAGUGAUGUAAUUAUUUUCUAAAUUUCUUCACAAUAAUUUGGUGCCAUUUAUUUUUACUUAUUUUUCUACAAUUACAGAACUAAUGUUGUUAGGUUGUUUUAACUUAUGUUUUGUCAUUUCUAUACUCUUCAGCAAUUGAGUUUCUUGAUUUACUAUGUGUAAAAGCCUUAGAUGGACUCUAUUGUGAUAUGUAAUUUUUGUGUAAAUGGAUUUCAUGUUUCAAAUGUAAUAUAUUGCAUUGGAAAUCAUGUAUAAAUGAAAAAUCUACUUAAAUAGGCUUUUAUUAUUAAUUAAAGAAAUGUAAAUAAAGAUUGUUUUUUUUUA